AUGCGUUUCUCGACAGCUUUUGCCGCGCUGGUGCUUUCUAGUACUGCACUAGCGACACCAGCUCAAGUCUCCCCAUCACAGGCAGAACAGUCUAUAACACAGGCCGCCACAUCGACGACAACAGAGCUAACAACAACGACGGUUGCUGCCCAGCAGACCCAGAGCAUCGCCGUUAACCAGCAGGUUGACACACCUGCUAGUGACACGGCAGAAACUACAACAAAGAGUGCUGCAGCAACUAGCACCGGUUCACUAGGAGGGUUAGGUGAUAUCCUGUCUGACCUUACUCCAUCAAAUACCGAAACCACCAGCUCCACGGAAACCCCGGUUGUUACUACAACGACCACAUCCUCAAGUGCUGCAGCUUCCGCAAGCAGUGGCGGCAGCCUUCUGGACGAUUUGAUCCCUGAUGGAACCACCGGGAACCCAUUAACGGAUUUAGGAAACCUUCUCAGUGGAGUUACAGGGCUGCUCUCCCCAUCCUUCUUGAAGGAUGUCGAAUCCUUCUUCCAUCACUUCGCAUAUCUAUUUGAUGACCAGACUACCGACCAGACCAAGUCAUUGAUCAACAUCGCAUCUGGGCUGCUGACUCAGAAGUUGAUCAACCAGCUCACCGGCCUUCUCGACAAUGCGACGGAUCUUUUAACUCCGGAUUUUGUGAAUGAGAUCCAGGAGUUAAUCAAGUCAAUUGCUCCCCUUUUGACCCCUGAUCUCUUCAAGCAGAUCUCCAGCUUGCUUGAUAAUGCCAAUGACCUGCUGACGACCGAGUUUGUCAAGGAGGUCAACACCCUGAUCGGAAAUGCCAACAGCUUAUUGACAGCCGACUUUGUCAAGGAGAUCCGACAGCUAAUUGAAGCUGCGGGUCCUAUCUUAACCCCUGAGCUGAUCAAGGAGCUUGGUACUCUCCUGAAUAAUGCGGUCAGCUUGUUGACUCUCGACUUCGUCAAACAGACCAAGAGUUUGAUUGGUAAUGAGAUCAGCUCCCUCUUGGGCAACGCAAAUAAUCUGUUGACACCUGAUUUCGUGAAGGAAACACGCAGCUUGAUUACGGCCGUUGGACCUCUCCUCAGUCCUUCACUGUUUAAGGAAAUCAGCUCCGUCCUAGGUAAUGCCAACGAUCUGUUAACACCUGACUUUGUGAAGGAGACUCGCAGCCUGAUUGCAGCUAUUGGACCUUUGCUCAGCCCUUCAGUGUUCAAGGAGAUCGGCUCCCUCUUGGGUAAUGCCAACGACCUGUUAACGCCUGACUUUGUGAAGGAGGCCCGCAGCUUGAUUGCAGCUAUUGGACCUUUACUCAGCCCUUCAUUAUUCAAGGAGAUCGGCUCCCUCUUGGGUAAUGCCAACGACCUGUUAACGCCUGAAUUUGUGAAGGAAACACACAGCUUGAUUGGCUCUGUUUACCCUGUCAUAACACCAGCUAUCCUGGCAGAAGUCGCCAGCUUGCUAAAUAACGCCAACUCACUGCUAACACCACACUUCGUAAACGAAGCCCAGGGCCUAAUCGGCGCUGUGGCACCUUAUAUCACAGCAGACCUACUCAAGGAAGUUGGCAGACUUCUGAACAACGCCAACUCCCUGCUCACGUCUGAAUUUGUUGACGAGACGAACUCCCUGAUUGGCAACGCCAAUAGUCUCCUGACCCCAGCAUUUGUCAAGGACACGCGCGGCUUAGUUACAGAGCUCUCUCCUGUCAUCAACGCAGACCUGCUCGCGCAAGUUGGCAGCCUGCUCCAUAAUGCCAAUGACCUGCUGACCCCGAAAUUCGUCAACGAGACAUCUGGAUUGAUCAGCGAGGUUUCACCUGUCAUUACGCCCCAACUUCUUGCCGAAGUCGGUGGCCUGCUUCACAAUGCAAACAACCUGCUCACUACCAAGUUCGUUGAGGAAACUCAGACCCUACUCGACAACGUCGGACCGGCUAUUACGCCCAAGCUGUUGACCAGCGUUUCCUUCCUGGUUGGCAAUGCUACGUCGCUCUUGACGCCUGCGUUCGUCCAUGACACCAAGGACCUCGUCACGGAAGUGGGCCCCAUUAUCACCCCCGAGCUGCUCGGAGAGGUGGGCGGCCUCCUCAACAAUGCUCAUGACUUGCUCACUACCAAGUUUGUCAAUGAGACACGGACUCUAAUCGAAGAUGCUUCGGAGUUGCUUCCCGCAUUGAUACAGAUUUUGGGUAAUCUGUGA